GUCAAAGCUAGUAAGCACAGGUUGCGCCAAAUAACACAGACGUAACUCGCCUCGAAGAUAACGGGCAGUUCAGAAAUGGAUAUUUUAGGGCUUCUGUCGAAUAAUAUCACCGGUCUCUUGCUGGGUCUCACAGUUAUUGUGUUAUUUUGGAAAAAUAUGGGUAAAAAUUGCAACACAGCAAGACUGCCGCCGGGUCCCUCACCACUUCCAUUGCUAGGAAAUAUUUUUCAAGUGGAUAUAGGACAACCUUACAAGACCUACUUGACGCUCAGUAAGCAGUAUGGCUCGGUCUUCACCGUGUGGCUCGGGCCCAAGCCGGUGGUGGUGCUCUCUGGGUAUGAGACCCUUAAGGAAGCUCUCGUCAACAAAGGAGAGGAGUUUUCCGGCCGGGCAAGCUACCCCAUACUCGUUCAAGUCACCAAAGGUUUCGGGGUGCUGGCAAGCAGUGGUGCCCGUUGGAGGGAUCUACGAAGGUUCUCCAUCAUGACCCUGAAGAAUUUUGGAAUGGGACGGAGGAGUAUUGAAGAAAGGGUACAGGAGGAGGCUGGGUUUUUGGUCAAAGCCUUCAGUGAACAAGGAGAUUCUCUCUUCAACCCAAACAACCUCUUGUCUAAUGCCGUGUCCAAUGUAAUCUGCUCCGUUGUAUUUGGCCAGAGGUUUGAAUAUCAUGACCCGCAGUUCACAUUCCUCCUACAUGGACUUGAUGGCUAUUUUAAUUUCCUCAGCAGCUCCAAAGGGCAGCUCUUCAAUGUGUUUCCCAAAAUAGUGGGGUGCCUGUCUGGCCCUCACCACCAGCUCUUUCAGCACCUGGAAAGGGUGAGAGAUUUCUUUAAACAGGAAGCUCAGCAACGCAUGAAAAACCUGGACACUCAGUCCCCUCAGGACUUCAUCGAAGCUUUCCUGGUUCGAAUGCUGGAGGAGAAAGACAAGCCUGGCACUGAGUUUCACUUUGACAACCUCGUGAGUUCAAUCUGGACACUGUUCUCUGCAGGAACAGAAACCACCAGCUCUACCCUGAGACACGCCCUGCUGCUAAUGAUGAAGUACCCUCACGUCCAAGAGCGGGUUCAGAAGGAGAUCGAUGAGGUGGUGGGCUGCAGCAGAAGCCCCUCCAUCCAGGACAAACAGAAUAUGCCCUACACUGAUGCAGUCGUUCAUGAGGUGCAGCGGUCUAUGGACCUCGCCCCUACGUCUGUUCCACACAAAAUGAUGAGGGACACAGAAUUCAGAGGCUACUGCAUUCCUGAGGGUACAAUGGUGCUUCCUCUUCUGUCAUCCGUUCUGUCCGACCCAAAACUUUGGAAAAACCCUGAUGUGUUUGACCCAGAGAAUUUCCUGAAUGAAGAUGGGAGCUUCAGGAAGAAUGAUGGGUUCCUGGCAUUUGGACUAGGGAAACGAGCCUGCCUGGGGGAGGGGAUGGCACGGGUCGAGCUCUUCCUCUUCUUUUCAUCCCUCCUCCAGCGGUUCACCUUCACAGCCACAGUGCCCCCAGAAGAGCUGGAGAUCAGCCCUGUUGGCUGUAGCUUCGGACGGCUGCCACGCGUGUACAGCUGCUAUGCCAAACUCAGAGAAUAAGUACAAUGCCCACAACAUGGGCAUUCAUUAAAAGUCCAGUGGCCUUUUGCCCUAGUCAGAUCCAUGUAUGUACCGUAUAUGGUGAGAAGAAGCACGAGGUGGUUUCAUAUCAAUUAGAUUGUGAAACAACCUUGGGGCUGAUAGCAAAGUGCUGGAUGUUCUAGUGAAUCAGCCCGUAGCUGAGCUGUUUGUGCUUGUACGCAGACACAUACACACGCACACAGAAUUAAUGUUUUAAUCAGGAGCGCUUACACUGGCAGUACAUUUCCAUUUCAGCAAGCAUAAGCAUUUUGAAUACAUAUUUUGCUAGCACACAACAAUUCAGCAUGUAUAUCAGAUAUAUUGAUACACACAAAUUAUUAUAAAUGAUUAAAUAAAUGAUUAAAUGAUGAAUGCAUAGUGAUUCUAUUACAACUGCAACAGCAAAAAAUUACAACUUCAACUGAAAAACACAUGGCCAUCUACAUGGGUACAAAGGGCUUGAAGAUACAAUAGCAUUGGCAAAGCAAACUGCUGAGAUGGCUGCAAUAUGCCUGUAAUAUUGUCAGUUGUAUUGCUGCCUUUUGGCAGUCUAAAUUCCCAAAUGCUCCAAUAUAGCAGUUAUCAGUAUCAGUAGCUAUGUUACAUUGUUACUUGUUGUAUUGUUAUGCUAGAAAUUUGAAAUUCGGUGGGAAAUUAUCUAAAAUAAUUCUGACACCUCAACAACCCUCAUCAAGACAUAGAUCAAAUGCACUGUUAGUAAGGCCCUAUGCAUGUUGCAAGUUGUAAUGAGAUUUGGAGGAAUUUCUUUGGAUAUGGAUAUGCUUUCAUUGAAGCUUUUUCACGCAUGGUAAUUGCUGUUCUUUACUCAUGACCUUUUAUGUUGUAUGUGAUUUGUUAUUUAGAUGAUGAAGUAUUUUAUCCAAAGUAUGUAGAUUUCAUAAGUUAAAUAAGCAAGUACAUUUGCAUUGGCUACAAUGCUACACAAUGAAUAUCUGUUCCAAUAGACGUGGGAUAAUACCAUAUUUCAGACACACAUGUUUUUUUCAUUUUAUUAAUAUUUUGUUAUUAAUGCAUGUUCCUCUGAAUGCAUGAAUAGCCUUGGAAAAUGUUUUAGCUUGCAACCUUAACCAGUUCAGCUGGUUCAGAUGAUCGAUUUCGGCCAAUGGAACAUUUGCCACAAAGCAGUUUGCCCACUUUAGGAGGUGCUAUUUAUAGGGCGUGGCAUUUUAUAUAGCGGCCAAUAUAUUAUCCCGGCUGAAAAAAAAACCAGCUGGUAGAUGGUUGACCAGCUCUAUUUUUAAGCAGCUGGUUUGAUUUCAAGCUGGUCUUAAUUAUUGAAUUGACUCAAUCAUAUGUUAUGUGACGUGUGUAUGAGUACCGGCUACAGCUGCAGGCUGCAAGUGCAUCCUAAUGAUUUUACUGUGCUCUUUGUUUUACACUCACAACACAAACAUGCGCAGUGCAGGCUUGCUUCCGGGUGCCUGGCUGAGGUGCUUAACUGUCUUGUUAAAAAUGCAGCUGAUGAAUAGAAACAAAUUUGCAGCUGGGAAAGGGAGAGAACAGUUUUGGCUAAACAGGGAGUUUUGUCCAACUGUAAUAUGGCCUAUAAUCCCAGUGUGGAUACUAGAACCUAUGGUGGUAGAUUUGAAAUUUAAAUAAUAAAAGUGCAGAUCUGGUGAGUGAA